GGUCACUGGGCGGGAUGUGGGUAGGGCCAGGGGCUCCGACGGGGCGGAGCGGCGGUGGCCCAGCAGUCAGGGCGGCGAUGGCGGCGGCUGUGGCGACGGCGGCGGCCCAGGGACCGGCAACCAGCGCGGAUGGCGCCUCCUCAGUGCACUGGUUCCGCAAAGGACUGCGGCUCCACGACAACCCGGCGCUGCUGGCGGCCGUGCGCGGGGCGCGCUGUGUGCGCUGCGUUUACAUCCUCGACCCGUGGUUUGCGGCCUCCUCCUCAGUUGGGAUCAACCGAUGGAGGUUCCUACUUCAGUCUCUGGAAGAUCUGGACACAAGUUUAAGAAAACUGAACUCCCGCCUGUUUGUAGUCCGGGGACAGCCAGCUGAAGUGUUCCCAAGGCUUUUCAAGGAAUGGGGGGUGACCCGCUUGACUUUCGAGUAUGACUCCGAACCCUUUGGGAAAGAACGGGAUGCAGCCAUCAUGAAGAUGGCCAAGGAGGCUGGUGUGGAGGUGGUGACCGAGAACUCUCAUACCCUCUAUGACCUGGACAGGAUCAUUGAGCUGAAUGGACAGAAGCCACCCCUGACCUACAAGCGCUUUCAGGCCAUCAUUAGCCGCAUGGAGCUGCCCAAGAAGCCAGUGGGCUCAGUAACCAGCCAGCAGAUGGAGAGCUGCAGGGCUGAGAUCCAGGAGAACCACGAUGAGACCUAUGGUGUACCCUCCCUGGAGGAGCUGGGAUUUCCCACUGAAGGACUUGGCCCAGCUGUCUGGCAAGGAGGAGAGACAGAAGCUCUGGCCCGCUUGGAUAAGCACUUGGAACGGAAGGCCUGGGUUGCCAACUAUGAGAGACCCCGGAUGAAUGCCAACUCCCUGCUGGCCAGCCCGACAGGCCUCAGUCCCUACCUGCGCUUCGGGUGCCUCUCCUGCCGCCUCUUCUACUACCGCCUGUGGGAUCUGUAUAAGAAGGUGAAGCGGAACAGCACACCCCCUCUCUCCCUAUUUGGGCAACUCCUGUGGCGAGAGUUCUUCUACACGGCAGCCACCAACAACCCCAGGUUUGACCGCAUGGAAGGGAACCCCAUCUGCAUCCAGAUCCCUUGGGACCGCAACCCUGAGGCCCUGGCCAAGUGGGCUGAAGGCAAAACUGGCUUCCCUUGGAUUGACGCCAUCAUGACCCAACUGAGGCAGGAGGGCUGGAUCCACCACUUGGCCCGGCAUGCUGUGGCCUGCUUCCUCACCCGCGGGGACCUCUGGGUCAGCUGGGAGAGUGGGGUCCGGGUAUUUGAUGAGCUGCUACUGGAUGCAGAUUUCAGUGUGAAUUCAGGCAGCUGGAUGUGGCUUUCCUGCAGCGCUUUCUUCCAGCAGUUCUUCCACUGCUACUGCCCUGUGGGCUUCGGCCGCCGCACGGACCCCAGUGGAGACUACAUCAGGCGAUACCUGCCCAAAUUGAAAGGGUUUCCCUCUCGAUACAUCUACGAACCCUGGAAUGCCCCAGAGUCCGUUCAGAAGGCAGCCAAAUGCAUCAUCGGUGUGGACUACCCACGGCCCAUUGUCAACCACGCUGAGACCAGCCGGCUCAACAUUGAACGAAUGAAGCAGAUCUACCAGCAGCUCUCACGCUACCGGGGACUCUGUCUGCUGGCGUCUGUCCCUUCCUGUAUAGAAGACCUCAGUCACCCCGUGGCAGAGCCCUGCUCUAGCCAGGCUGGGAGCAUAAACAGUGCAGGCCCAAGACCACUACUCAGUGGCUCAACAUCCCCCAAACGUAAGCUGGAAGCAGCUGAGGAGCCACCUGGUGAAGAACUCAGCAAACGGGCCCGGGUGACAGAGUUGCCCACCCCAGAGCUGCCAAGCAAGGAUGUCUGAGACGGCAGAGCCCUCGCUCCGGGAGCAAAGCCUGGGUGCCUGAGCAGCCACCAUGGCAGCAGAGCACAGCCUGCAGAGAAGCUGAUCACCGACAAGAGACAGAGCGGAUAUGUGUGCGUGUGUGUGUGCGCGUGUUCAGAGAAGGAAUGGUGUGCUGUUUGCGUGUGCAUGCAUCUGUUUACACUCUCAUGAUUCUGAAAGCUUCCUGGGCUGGAAGAAGUUCUGUAGCACAUUUCACCACCAGUGCUGUUUCCUGGCCUCCAGACACAAAGCUAGAGGUCAUGGCAGUGAUUUUCAGACAAGAGCUGUCCCUAUAAGCCAGCUGCCUUGUCUGAAUAGCACAUAGUGCUGGGUCCCUAGCUAGGAUUCUGGCACCUGUCUCUCUAAACCUCCCUCCUCAUAUCAGACUGAGAACAGGAGGGCCCAUGUUUUGGCUCUUGUCCAAAGCCUGGAUUCUAGAGGCAGCCAAAGUCCUGCUGAGUUCCUGCCUUCUGACCCUAGAGGCUGGACCUGCUGAAUUGGAUGGAUACUGUCCAGACUUAGCCACCUAGUCUUGCUUUUUUCUUAUUUUAAAAUUUUCUGCCACUGGGUCCUCCAGCCCUUGGGUAUCUAGGACUAAGCACAAGGCUAUAGACAGAUCUGAGAAGUUUCUGCCAUCAUUCAGAAGUACACCCACAUACCUGAUUGGUGUGGUGUGUGCCCAGAAGUAGAGAGUAGCCUAAGACACACAUCUACCUUCUCAGGGCUUAGAACCUAUGGUUAAGAACAGAAUCCUAGCUCUUGCUGUUCCUUCUGCAGAAGCCAAGAGCCAGCCUCAGAGUUUACCCAGGAGCUGUGGAGGGGCUAUGGUCAGACUUGGUCCCUCUGUCAGGAGACCAGGUCCCAGGUAGCCUUCGCCCUCUGGCUCCUCUGGCUACACUCCAAGGUACCACAGUGCGGCCAGUGAGGACAAAUGACACCCAGUCAGGGAAGCCAUUCCACUCUUUGUUCUACAGGCUUCCAGGGCCUGCCCUGGACUAGUCAGCACCCAAACUGCCACAUCAGCUACCCCAGUAGCUGGGCUCUAAGGACUCAGGCAGGGGGAGUGAAUCACAUCAGGGAAGGGGUGGGGGCUGUCAGGAGCAGUUGGCAAAAGUCCAAGUGGAGUUCACCCCCAGCACACCAUCCUUUCCAGAAGCAGUAGGUGGGAGAUUUGACCCAGAGAAACUGAGCCUUGCAUUCCAAGAAUGGCCCUUGUCUCCCAGCUCUCCCUGCCCACUGUCAAGGGCCUGUUUUGAGAAAGACAUAAUGAAAAGAAGGUCUGUGUGUCAAUUGGAGCAAGUCUUCUUCCACCCUGUGGCCAGCACUUGAGCCACAAAGAGUACAUUUGUGUGUGUGUGUGUGUAUGUGUGGUGUGUGUGGUGUGUGGCUAAGAGGCUAAUUCCUAUUUGGAUUUUGUCCUCACAUGUAACCUUAAGCUGGCCUCUGGGCCUUUUCCUUUCUACCUCCCCUGUGACCUUUCCUAGCCCAGAGCUGUUAGUUCUUUUGGCCCAGGCCCUGUCUCUCACUGUCCUCUGUCCUCGGACCAGGACCCUAGGAUCAGGGCCCUGUCUCAUGCAGCUGUCCAGCCCAGUGACAGGCUUUUUUCUGAGAUGUCCUCAGGUUUUCUCAGCCAGAGAGCUGCCUUUAGUGUCCAACUGUUGUUAUGUAAGCCACCCUCCCUAAAAAUGUUCUAUAGUCAUGUGGGGGUAUAGCUGAUGGUGUGGGGGCAUUGAUGUUGGGGCUUCCCUGUUCCCUCAUCCCUAGCCAGAAGGAAAGAGAAAUGGGGACUGUUGCCAGAUGGCGAGUAGAAUGAACCUGCAAGGGCAAGUCUGAGAACUGAGAAGGCCAGAGACUGAGGGCCAGAUUCAGUAUUUAUUAGCAGCACCUUCAAGUAUUGGGAUAAUUCUGUUUCCUGCCUAUUUGAUGAUAGCUUUCUUCCCUAAGGUACAAGUUGGCUGGACUACUCCCUCCUAUUUCUCCACUAUCCCUGGUAUGUUGGCCCAUUCCCAGGACAAACUGCCAGUGGAGUGGGGCAGUGCACUUCCAGAGCCAGGAGAGCCAGGGGGGCAGGGCAGAAGAAGGUGUAUCCAGUGGCCUAGAGCUCCACAAUGGCUUUCUGCCUCCCUUCUAGCCCAGGUGGCCCUGAGGGCUGCCACAAAGCAGUGCCCCAAAUCCUAACCCAAGGGCCAGCUUGGAGAAAAGAUGGUCGCAGGCAAAAUGCACUUUAUAGAGAUUUUCUAUUGCUGGGAAGGUAUGUUUCUCCCACAGUUUGUGAAUAUUCACUUGUUUUAUAAACAUCUAAUCCUGUCU